AAGUGUGCAAGCUCCAUUCUUGGCUAAUCUGUCUAGCAUUAUAGCCAUGCGAUAUUUGCUCUUUAUUGGAUUUUUCCUGUUUGCUCUUUUGACCCUGUCUGUGGGUCAGGAGUUUUGCCAUUGUAAUCUUAUACUUCAACCAUUGUGCGCAUCGGACUCCAAGACCUACAACAACUACUGUGAAUUCAAAUGUGAAGUUAGAAGUGGAAACCCCAUAAAAGUGGUAACAUGGAAAAAGUGCCAGUAAUAUGUAUAUCCACCUGGUUAUAGCCGACCAAAAGUUAUAUGAUGUAAUGUGAAUAAUAAAUGCAAAAUGUCUUUUGGAUUGUGAAGCUAAAAACGGACUCUACAUUACUGUGAAUAAUUGGGGAAAGUGCGGGGAAACUAAAG